AUGUCGUCCAACAAACCUCCGAUUGAAAAGCGCCACAGCGACGUUGUUGCUCAUCAUGAAGACGCCACUCAGGCGGCCAUCGAAGAUUCCCGGCGGAAGAGUACCGUCCAUGACCUCUCACAAAACACUGCCGGGGAGCUCAAGAAUCCUUUGGCCGACAUUCCGGUACCGCAGCUUAUGAGAGAUGUCGAGACAUUCGCCCACACGAAUAGCAUGACCGACAUUCUUCCUCUGCUCCGCAAGGGUGCCCUUGUUGCCAAAGAUCCGCACAGUUAUGAGACCGUUCCCGAUAUCACCGAGGAGGAAAAGGAACAACUUCGAGUCGAGCGCACGCACCGCUUCAGGCACCCAAAAGCGCUGUAUUUCACCAUCAUUUUGAACUCGAUUGCAGCCGCGAUCCAGGGGUGGGACCAGACUGGGUCCAAUGGUGCCAACCUCUCAUUUCCAGAAGCGUUUGGGAUCCCGACAGACAAGAAAAUUUGCGGACUCGCGGGCACAUGUGAGAAGAACGAAUGGAUCGUGGGCCUAGUGAACGCUAUGCCAUACAUUGCUAUCUGGCUCUUUGCCGCCUGGAUUUCUGACCCCCUGAAUGACCUCAUUGGCCGUCGCGGGACCAUCUUCAUUGGCGCCAUCUUCUCUCUUCUGUCACCCAUUGGCAUGGCCGUCACGCAAAGCUGGGGCGAGCUUGCAGGCGUGCGUGUUCUGCUCGGUAUUGGCAUGGGCCUCAAGGAAGUCACUGUGCCAGUGUUCUCGGCAGAGACCGCCCCAGCAAACGUUCGUGGUGCUUUGGUCAUGACUUGGCAGCUUUGGACAGCGUUUGGCAUUUUCUUGGGAACAUGUGCGAACCUUGCGGUUUACAACACUGGCAAGAUCUCCUGGCGCCUGCAGCUUGGCAGUGCGUUCAUCCCGGCCAUCCCUCUGGUGCUGGGCAUCUACUUCUGCCCGGAGUCACCUCGUUGGUACAUGAAGAAGAAGAAGUACGGAAAGGCGUACAAGUCGCUCCUCCGCCUUAGGAACUCGCCUUUGCAGGCCGCUCGCGAUCUUUACUACAUCCAUGCCCAACUGGUGCAGGAAGACACGCUCCUCGAGGAAGCCGGCCUGGCCGAAAGGAGCAAUUUCUUCUCUCGCUUCGUCGAGCUCUUCACCAUCCCACGUGUCCGCCGCGCAACCCAGGCUUCUGGCAUCGUUAUGAUUGCACAACAAAUGUGUGGCAUAAACAUAAUUUCGUUUUAUUCGUCGACGAUCUUCCAGAAUGCCGGGGCAUCUGUUCUUUCGUCGCUCUUUGCGACGUUCGGAUUCGGCCUGGUCAACUUCGUCUUCGCCUGGCCCGCCGUCUGGACCAUCGACACCUUCGGGCGGCGCGCGCUGCUCCUCUUCACCUUCCCGCAAAUGUUCUGGUCCCUGCUAGCCGCGGGCUUCUGCUUCUGGAUCCCAGAGUCGUCGACCGCGCAUAUCGGGCUAAUCGCCUUCUUCAUCUUCGUCUUCGGCGCGUUCUACAGCCCCGGCGAAGGACCCGUCCCCUUCACCUACUCGGCCGAGGUCUUCCCCCUCAGCCACCGCGAGGUCGGCAUGAGUUGGGCGGUCGCGACGAACAAUUUCUGGGCGAGCAUUCUGAGCAUCACGUUUCCGAGACUGCUGCGCGCGUUUACGCCACAGGGCACAUUUGGGUUCUACGCCGGGCUGAACAUCGUGGCGCUUGUUAUGAUCUUCCUCUUCCUCCCCGAAACGAAACAGCGCACCCUCGAGGAGCUGGACUACGUAUUUGCGGUGCCGACGCGCACGCACGCGCGCUUCAUGGCCUCCAAGAUGCUGCCGUGGUGGUGUCGGCGCUACGUCUUGUUCCGCAAGGGGGCGCCGCAGCCGCAGCUGUACCACUUCGAGGGCGAGGACGAGGCGCGCAGCGAUGUGGACAGUGCGGGUGAUGUGGAGAAUGUAAGGAUCGAGAAGGGCGCGUAG